UUAAACGCUUCUCUUUCUUUUCGACCACGUGGUGCAAUUGGUUGGUGGUAAUAUCCAAAGCGUGCUGAAAUUUUUGGCGAAAUUCAUGUAACAAAAUGUCGGAAACUUCAGAGGACGAACAGGCGCAACUGCAAAGCAGCGACGAAGAGGAGGAGCUGAGUGGAGAGGAGGAGCAGGACCCGGAAGAUGACGAAGAAGUGGAAAAUGAUGAGGCGGCGGAAAGUGGCAACGAGGAUGCAGAUGCAGCUAGUGGCUCUGAAGGGGAAGAAAACGCAGCUGAGGAUGAAAAGCUGACAUGGAAGGAUCUCGGUCUAAAUGAUACUUUGUGCCAAGCCUGUGACGAACUGAAAUGGAAGGCUCCCUCCAAGAUCCAGCGGGAGGCUAUUCCGGUGGCCCUGCAGGGCAAGGAUGUGAUUGGACUGGCGGAGACGGGCUCCGGCAAGACUGGAGCCUUUGCCCUGCCCAUUUUGCACGCCCUGCUCGAGAAUCCGCAGCGGUUUUUCGCCCUGGUGCUAACGCCCACGAGGGAACUGGCCUUUCAAAUUGGGGAGCAGUUCGAGGCUCUUGGUAGCAGCAUUGGCAUCAAGUGCUGUGUGGUCGUCGGCGGCAUGGACAUGGUGGCCCAGGGCCUGCAGCUGGCCAAGAAGCCGCACAUCAUCGUUGCCACACCGGGUCGCCUGGUGGAUCACCUGGAGAACAUGAAAGGCUUCAACCUGAAGGCUAUUAAAUACCUGGUCAUGGACGAGGCGGAUCGCAUCCUCAAUAUGGACUUUGAAGUGGAGCUAGACAAGAUACUGAAGGUGCUGCCGCGCGAACGCCGCACCUUUCUGUUCAGUGCGACCAUGACCAAGAAGGUGAAGAAACUGCAACGCGCUUCGCUUAAGGAUCCGGUGAAGGUUGAGGUGUCGAACAAGUACCAGACGGUGGAGCAAUUGCAACAGUCGUAUCUGUUUAUCCCCGUCAAGUACAAGGAUGUAUACCUGGUGCACAUCCUCAACGAACUGGCGGGCAACAGCUUCAUGAUCUUCUGCAGCACCUGUAAUAACACAGUUAAGACUGCCCUGAUGCUUCGUGCAUUGGGAUUGGCUGCCAUUCCCCUGCACGGUCAAAUGUCCCAGAACAAGCGUCUGGCCGCUUUGAACAAAUUCAAGGCCAAGAAUCGUUCGAUUCUCAUCUCCACGGACGUGGCCUCUCGCGGCCUGGACAUUCCUCAUGUGGAUGUGGUGGUAAACUUUGACAUACCCACGCACAGCAAGGACUACAUCCACCGUGUGGGUCGAACAGCGAGAGCGGGUCGCUCCGGCAAAGCCAUCACCCUCGUCAGUCAAUAUGACAUUGAGCUGUACCAGCGCAUCGAACACCUCUUGGGUAAGCAGCUGCCAUUGUACAAGUGCGAGGAGGACGAGGUUAUGGCUCUCCAGGAGCGAGUGGCCGAGGCUCAGCGCACGGCCAAGCUGGAGUUGAAGGAUCUGGAGGACACUAAAGGUGGCAGGGGCCACAAGCGGGGCGGGGACAACCACGACGAUUCGGAGCACUUCACGGGCGCCCGGAAACGCAUGAAGCCUAUGGGUGGAGGUGGGGGCGCGAGCAGAGGAGGAGGAAGCAGUGGUGGAAAAAAGGGUUUCGGCCAAAAGAACUGGAGCAAGGGCAAGCCAAGGAGAUAAUACAGAUAUACGAUAUAGUUAAGUUUCGAUUUUAUUUAGUGCUACUCUAUAAUAAAAAAUAAUUGUACAAAUAA